AUGUUCCUAAAAUUAAAAUAUUUGAUCAUUUUUGCGGUGAUCAUUAAUGAAUCAUUACAACAAGUUCCCAGUUCAAAGUGUGAAAAUGAAAAGUCAAUCAAAUAUAAUUCAUAUUCGACAUUUUACGAUAGAUCCAGGAGAUAUCGUUGUACAUUUGAACAUUUGAAGUCAUUUGACGAUUUCAAGAUUGAAAAGAGUAAACUUACUUUCAGCACCACAGGCAUUACUUCAAUAACAUUUUUAAACUCAAGCUUAUCAGAGUUUCCGGAGAAAAUAUUCAACCUCUUCACCAAUCUAAAACAAAUUGAUGCAAGUCGACUUGUUCUUAGUGAAAUAUCAGCUACUGCUUUUAUAAAUUUAAAAUUAAUGGAUUUAAUUGACUUAUCAAACAACAACCUUAAGACUCUUAAAGCACGAACUUUCUCUGAAAUGCAAAUCAAACAUUUGGAUCUAAGUAUGAAUCUUUUAGAAACCAUAGACGACACGACUUUCUCAAAUGCACAUAUAGAGAAGAUCAACUUGUCAUUCAAUAAACUUAAGUCUCUCAAGUUCGCAAAUUCGUUUCGUUACUUCUACAUUAUGGAAUUGAAUGACAAUCUUAUCGAGUCAUUUAACGAAUAUGAAUUCAGAGAUGAAGGAGUUGGAACUCCCAAGCUUUCAUUUUAUAGCACAGCUGAAACAGAUCAACGAAUUUUUUUGCAAAACAACAAAAUUAAGAAAUUUGAAUGUUCAACAAACACAAUUUUUAACUCAGUUACUCUUAUCGGUAAUUCAGAGCUUAAUGAGAUUUCUUUGAAUCAAUGUAACAUUCAGAAUGUUGAUGUGUCAAAUUGUGGGACCAUUGAAAAAAUCUCAUUCAGUGAUAACUUAUCAGGGUUUACUGCGAAAAGUGUGAAAAUAAACAACAUUGAGAUGUCUGAUACGACGUCACUUAAGACGCUUUCACUUUCAAACUCUUCGAUAUCACCAAAUUUACUGGAAUAUUUCUUGAAAAUGGAUAACCUAACCUUUUUGGACUUGUCAUAUAUCAACAUCGGACCACUAAAUAUUUCAACUUUCUCCAAACUCAAAGAACUUCAAUUUUUAUACUUGAAAGGAACAAACAUUUCCAACAUUCAGUUUGGGACAUUUUCACAUCAACAUGCCGUGAAAAUUCUUGACAUUUCUGACAAUCACUUAGGAUAUUUUGACUUUAACAUGAUUUUCUCAAUGACUCGCUUAACAUCUUUGGAUAUUUCAGGAAAUGAUUUAAGUUCGGUGGAGAAUUUUGAAUCAGCACAUUUUACAUUCGCAUUGUUGCAAACAAUUGACAUAAGCAACAAUAAAUGGGCUUGUGGAUAUUUACUAAGACUAAUAAAGAUUUUCCGAAUUUUCAAAGUUGUUCUUGUACGAAGUAAUUUGGAGGAGAAUAGAACAAAUAUUCAUGGCAUUGGAUGUGUGCAUGUUGAAGGUGAUGACGUUGUUAUUGAACCUUUAACCCCUGACAACAACAAUUUAACAGAAUUUCGUCAAAAAAUAAACGAAGUUGUCGAUGAGGUUUCAAAAGAUUCGGAUUUUAAAUUAAACAUAAAAACAAGAAUGAAACAAUUGGAGGAGAAAUUUUAUUAUGAUUCACGGGUUGAAAUUUCAACUGCAUCAUUGCAAUCUGAAAGUUCUCAAAGUAUCAAAGUACAAAACAGUACACUUCUUGAAGUCGCGCUCAUAAUUGUCUGCAUUUGGUUAAUUGUUUUCAUGACAAUGAAAAUGUUUGCAUUCAUUAAAACAAAUUUCCUUGGGAGACCGAGACAAAUGAGAGCAAUGUCUGAACAUACACUUUCUAUGACUACUGAUGACUAUUAA